GAGCAACUGUAGCAACGGGACUUUGAAAUUGGAUAUGCACUUUCCACCUUCUUUUCUCUCUCCAUCUUUUGUCUGUUUUUGUCUUUACAUGCUGACAACCUUGAUCCGUUCAUAAACCCAUUUUCUUCCUUUCUAUAUUAUCUUACUCGCAUACUUCACAUCCUCCCGCGCCCCCCUCUCCUUUUCUUUUGACACAUACAUACCAUGAAUUACUCAAACUCAAGGCAGUGGUGGUCAUCCCCACCUUCUAGCAAUGCUGUAUUAAAAUCCACGCAAGACUCGGAGGAACCUAUUUCUGAGCCUGUCCCAUUUGAAGAUUUCAAGUUUAGCAUGGGCCUUGACCCAGAUUUCUCCAUGCCAAUCCCUCUCGAAACUCCCCCACCACCACCGGUCAUGGACAUGGCUACAGAGUUCCCUACAGCAGAUAACUUCUUGCAACAAAAUGCCAACCCUUUACUGGAUGAAAAUGAUCAACGCGCCUUCACGCAAUUCUUGGAUUCCUUCUUUGUGGAGCAGGAUUCUUCAGCUGCCGAAGAUCAUCAACAGAUCAUUCCCAGCUUGUUUGACCACCAACAACAUAGCGAUUCACAUGAUCAGCCCUCAUCACAUUUUACAAACAAUACCUCGUCUUCUUCAUGGAACUAUAAUUACGAAACCCCUGGCGUUCUUUUGAACCACGACCGUUCGUCUUCGGAUUACCAUGACCCAGAUCAACAUAGACGUAGUAUCAUUGAUUCGCUGGACGCAUCACAUCAGCAACGAUUCUAUCAGCAAAUUUCUUCCAUGGUUGUUCCGGUCAAAUCAGAGACGGAAUCGGAUCAUACGCUCAUUCAAGAUGGUACCAAUUCUAACUCCAAUAACCAGCAACGAGGUAGACGAAAACAGUCUGUAAAACGUAGAGCAUCAGAAACAGAUUCAGAUGAAGAUGACGACAUGGCUGAGUCGCCUGGCUCAUCCACUUCUGGCAACAAGCGAAGUAAGCAGCACAAAGAACUUCUGACGGAAGAAGAGAAGCGUGCCAACCACAUUGCGUCCGAGCAAAAGCGUCGUAACACCAUUCGAACUGGGUUCAAAGAGUUGACGGACAUCAUUCCCACGCUCAAAAAUAUCAACAAUUCAAAGAGUACCAUCUUAUUCAAGGCCGUCGAGUACAUCAGGUAUCUAGAACGACGCAAUCGAGGUUUACGAGAACGGGUUGGUGGUUUGGAAGUACGAGUGGAGGUUGAGGGUCGAAUGGGGAACUUGAUGAACCAUUCGCACCUGAAUGGUCGAAGGAACACCAUGUCCAAUUUCAUGAACCUUCGAGCCAAUGACAACAACAAUAGUAAUCCAAAUCUUUCACCGGAGCGAAGUCGAACCAUCAGUCAUAGUGGCAGUUUCUCCACGUUUGCCAAUACGCAAAAGUCUACUUCCAGCCAAGACACCGAUAUGAUGACCAGUCGGUUUGUCGACAACACGUCAGGACUUCCUCCUGCUGCUGCCGCUGCGUUGUUAGCUCACAAAUCGCAGCAAAAGCAAUUGCAAGCUUUUCAAGAACAACUUCAAUUGCAUCAACGACUCAUUGCUCAAAAGUCAAAGGAUAAUGGUGCGAAGGACAAAUCCUUUCUAGAUGAAAGACGACAAAGUUUACCUACAUGUGCUUCCAACACGACCCUUUCCCCAUCUCGUUCUAAUUACGACUCCAUCUCUAUACCCAUUUCCGACACAGCCAAUGCUUCCAAUUCUAUGGCUUUGGUGAUGCCUGUUGAUGAACAACAGGAGUGGCGAGAAACCGAUCGGCAUAAGGAUGCUAUCAAUAUACCGGUUGAUCAUGAUCACAAGGAUCAGACUAUGGACGAACGAUCCAUGACUCGUACUUCAGAGAUGCGUUCACCAGAGAAACCCACCAGUGAUUUAAUCAACAGUUUAAAGCAUGGUAUUGCCACCACUACUGCUGUUGCCGCCUCAUCCUCAUAAUCUAAACCCACACAAUUCCCCCCUUCCAUAUGCAUCAGCCCGGAGGUGUAUGCAUGCAUCCACCACCCUUUUAUUUUUUUUCUUUCUAUUUUUUUUUUUUUUAAAUAUAAAUACUUUUUGUGAAAGUACCAUCAGCCCAUUUCUUUUUCUUCAAUCUGUUUAUCCUUUCUGCCCUUCUCAAAUGUACAGCAAUAUGUUAAAAAUAAAAAAUCCUCUCAUUCACACAUAAUUAAACCCACAAAUCGUGUAUCACACCAAUUUAGACGGUGGUGUCAACUGAUGUGGAGCAGCAUUUUUAUGGAGUAUUGUUCAUUAUCACAUUUUUGUG